UUAGGCACCACGUGUAAGAAAUCAAAUCCCACAAAACACAUGAAACCAGGUGACCAUGGGCUCUUGUUUUUUCUCCGGAACCCCGAAACCAAUGCCUCAACAUCAUCCUUAAUCUCUGCUCACCAUUCAUAACAAACCACAUAUAUAAAUAUAUAAACACUGUCCAAUACAAUAUUGUGAAAAAACAUUGUUACAAUGGCUCAGCUUGAUCGCUCAUUAUUACGACGUGGUGAAACUACUACUCCUAAAACGCCUUGUAAGGCAACUAUGGAACAGUUGCUCCGAGAUGGUGAUGGGUCUUGGUGGUUACCAUCUUCUUCAUCCUCAUCCUCAUCCUCAUCAUGCUCUUCGUCUUCAAUUGCAAGGAAUCAUGAUCUAGAAGAAGAUCAUGGGCACCAUCAAAAGAAGUCAGUUCUGUCUAAGGUGAAAGAGAAGGCUAGGAAACUUAGACACUCUCUAAGUGCUAAGAAGAGGCAUAAUGAGGAUGGCAACACCACACCCUCAUGGGGUGUUAGCCUAGAAGACUAUGUAGAUGAAGAAGAAGAAGAAGAAGAAGAUGCAGAAUAUCUUGGUGCCCCAAUGUAUGAGUCAGAGCUGGCCCCUGAGAGUUACAAGGAGACUGCAAGACAGCAUCCAAGAGCAGUUCCUGUGAUUUCAGAGAAGCAUGCAUUGCCUUCAACUGGCUCCAUAAAAGAAAACAACAACAACAAUAUCAACAACAACAACAACAACAACAACAACAACAACAACAACAACAACAACAACAACAACAAAAGUAAGAAUAAGGAGGACCAUCAUAGUCCUAGUAUCAAACCAAUCCCAACUAAAACCAAUGACAAGCUCUCCACUUAUUCAAAGACAGUAUCUGAAACAGAGAGCCAGAAGUCGGCACCAGCCUAUGCAUUAGUGGUCGAGACAACUCAAUCAAUCGCCUCAAAGAUUCCAAGCCUGAAUAUCGUCACAGAAGCUUCGCGGCUGACUAAAAACACUUCAACCAUCCCUUCAUCUCCACAAACUACUAGUUCAGUUCGAACAUCAAAAACAUUUUCAGCUCAAGUAUCUCCACAACCUUCCUCAGCCCCUGCUGCUGUUGUUUCUUCCAGACAAAUAUUCUCAGGCCCUGUGGCUCCAAAAACCGAAAAGCAUGUAAGCAUUAGUGGGGGUGAUAAGCUAGUAUGGGAUAAGGGUGUGUCAGUAAAAGAGUACCUGUUGCAUAAAUUUGAGCCAGGAGAAGAUGACAAAGCGCUUUCACGAGCCAUAUCCGAGGCAGUUAGUCCUAAGAAAACUACUACUGGUGAAAAUAUGAGUGUUGUGGACAAGGUGAGAGAGGCUGUGAGUUCUCUACUUAGAAGUAGUAGUGUUGAAAAUUCUCCACCAUCUAAACCUGCUGUGAUAAGCCAUUCAGCAAAACCUGCAGCAGUAACCUCUCCAACAAAAUCUGCAAGCCUAACUCGUUCAUCCACAAAAGGACCAUCACACUUUCCCAACUCUACCAAUGCCGGAGAAGCCAUGGAGGAGGAAAAUCAUGGAAGAAUACUCCAAACAAACUGAAGUGGGAGAUGCAAUACUUGUGUACUCUUAAUAAUAAACGAUUAAUAAUCUUCUUGACCUUACUUACGCAUUCAUAAAUUAUCUUCUUUCUUAGGAAAUUAAGGUGUAGAACUGACUAUCUUGAUCAUGUCUACUUGGAAAGAGUCUGUUUUUCAUGCACCAUUAAUAAUAGUUGGCAAAACCACAUUGUUUGUUAAAGCUUAAUUAUGCUUAGUAUUUAUCCAUAAUCCAAUUUUGAAAUGCUAGAGAAUCAAAAUGUCAAUUGUACCAGUAGUGUACUAUUUAUUGAUUUUGAAAUAUUAUGUUCCAGUUUAGAAUUCUUAAUGAUAUUUGUUUGUGGUAACUAUAAUAUCAAAGGUCUUAAACGAUCCAUCAUUGU